AUGGUCCUAAAGUUAACAAAGGAGCAUGUUAUUCUCUUUAUUAAUAUUUGUAGUCAGAGUUUAGACAAGCUAUUGAUCAUCUGUGUUCUUGUAUUUAUAUUUACAUGUUUUGACACUUUCUCAGGAACACCAACACCACCCACUCUGUUCCCUUUGGUUCAGUGCCAACCUGGGUCUGGAGAUAAAAUCACUGUUGGUUGUUUUGCACGUGACUUCUACCCAAAGAGUCUUACAUUCCAGUGGACCGAUGACAGUGGGACCACCCUGACUUCUGAAAAUUAUCCUCCAGCUGAGAAAAACAACAAAUAUACAGGAGUCAGUUUGGUCAAAGUAUCAAUAUCUGACUGGGAUUCAAGGAAGUCUUUUAAUUGUUCUGUAAAUCACAACGGAUCUCCCACAAAUCUGCAAGUGCAAAAGCCUCCUCCAAAAGUGACUUUGCUAUCAGUGCCAAGUGAAGACACCCAGACCCUGGUGUGCACAAUUGAGGGCGGUAAUGGAACACUUGACUCAUUCAAGUGGAAAAAGAAUGACGCAGAGUUGAACAACUACAUUCAAAGUCCCAUCCAAAGAACUGGAGGCUUAUAUUCAGCUGUCAGUGUCCUGAAGGUCAACAACGCUGAGUGGGACAGUAACGCUGUGUAUACCUGUGAGGUGACUUACAGAGAAACACAAUAUAAAAAGAAGGCCUCAAAAGGUUCUUCCACAGUGACUCUGAACCAACCCAGUGCCAAAGGAAUUUUUAACAACAAACAGGCAGAGUUGGAGUGUAUCAUUACUGGACAGGACAAGACCUUUUUAAAUACAAUUCAAGUCACUUGGCAAAUUGAUGGACUAGAUGUGACCAGCAACAUUAAUGAAUCACCUGUCAAGUCUGUAGGCGUUCAGCACAGCAAAACCAGCACGAUGACUCGUAGUCUGUCUGAGUGGCAGAGAGUCAACAAAGUGCGCUGUUCUGCCAUUAAAGACGAUAUGACUCCAGUUAUUCAGGAUCUGACUGUCCACAAAGGAGAUGGGAGUGAGCCAAAAGUGACAGUCUAUGCCCUCCCAGAGGAGGACAUCAGCAAAGGAGCUGAGGUCUCUCUGGUGUGUCUGGUCUCUGGUCCUGUGAUGCAGGAUUACUACAUCGCCUGGUCAGAAGGUUCUGGAAAUAAGGCCGGCAUCUAUAUGGAUGGCAUUAACUUCCCCCCACAGAAGACCCAACAAGGCUACUUGGUAACAAGUGUUUACACCACCACCAAGGAAAAGUGGGACAAGCACAACAUGUUCUACUGCAACGUCUGGCCUGCUGGUAGAAGUGUGUCUGUGAAACCCAAAGGAGUGUCUAAGGCCCAGGCUCCUGUCACAGUGACACUGAACCAACCCAGUGCCAAAGGAAUUUUUAACAACAAACAGGCAGAGUUGGAGUGUGUCAUUACUGGACAGGACGAGACCAUUGUAAAUGAAAUUCAAGUCACUUGGCAAAUUGAUGGACAAAAUGUGACCAACAACAUUGCUGAAUCAACAUCGUCCAGCGGCGUUCAGCACAGCAAAACCAGCAUGAUAACUCGUAGUCUGUCUGAGUGGCAGAGAGUCAACAAAGUGCGCUGUUCUGCUAUUAGAGACGAUAUGACUCCAGUUAUUCAGGAUCUGACUGUCCACAAAGGAGAUGGGAGUGAGCCAAACGUGACAGUCCAUGUCCUCCCAGAGGAGGACAUCAGCAACGGAGCAGAGGUCUCUCUGGUGUGUCUGGUCUCUGGUCCUGUGCUGCAGGAUUACUACAUCGCCUGGUCAGAGGGAACUGAAAAUAAGGCCGGCAUCUAUAUGGAUGGCAUCAACUUCCCCCCACAGAAGAUCCAACAAGGCUACUUAGUUACAAGUAUUUACACCACCACCAAGGAAAAGUGGGACAAGCACAACAUGUUCUACUGCAACGUCUGGCCUGCUGGUAGAAGUGUGUCUGUGAAACCCAAAGGAGUGUCUAAGGCCCAGGCUCCUGUCACAGUGACACUGAACCAACCCAGUGCCAAAGGAAUUUUUAACAACAAACAGGCAGAGUUGGAGUGUAUCAUUACUGGACAGGACAAGACCUUUUUAAAUACAAUUCAAAUCACUUGGCAAAUUGAUGGACUAGAUGUGACCAGCAACAUUAAUGAAUCACCUGUCAAGUCUGUAGGCGUUCAGCACAGCAAAACCAGCACGAUGACUCGUAGUCUGUCUGAGUGGCAGAGAGUCAACAAAGUGCGCUGUUCUGCCAUUAAAGACGAUAUGACUCCAGUUAUUCAGGAUCUGACUGUCCACAAAGGAGAUGGGAGUGAGCCAAAAGUGACAGUCUAUGCCCUCCCAGAGGAGGACAUCAGCAAAGGAGCUGAGGUCUCUCUGGUGUGUCUGGUCUCUGGUCCUGUGAUGCAGGAUUACUACAUCGCCUGGUCAGAAGGUUCUGGAAAUAAGGCCGGCAUCUAUAUGGAUGGCAUUAACUUCCCCCCACAGAAGACCCAACAAGGCUACUUGGUAACAAGUGUUUACACCACCACCAAGGAAAAGUGGGACAAGCACAACAUGUUCUACUGUAACGUCUGGCCUGCUGGUAGAAGUGUGUCUGUGAAACCCAAAGGAGUGUCUAAGGCCCAGGCUCCUGUCACAGUGACACUGAACCAACCCAGUGCCAAAGGAAUUUUUAACAACAAACAGGCAGAGUUGGAGUGUAUCAUUACUGGACAGGACGAGACCAUUGUAAAUGAAAUUCAAGUCACUUGGCAAAUUGAUGGACAAGAUGUGACCAACAACAUUGCUGAAUCAACAUCGUCCAGCGGCGUUCAGCACAGCAAAACCAGCACGAUAACUCGUAGUCUGUCUGAGUGGCAGAGAGUCAACAAAGUGCGCUGUUCUGCUAUUAGAGACGAUAUGACUCCAGUUAUUCAGGAUCUGACUGUCCACAAAGGAGAUGGGAGUGAGCCAAACAUGACAGUCCAUGUCCUCCCAGAGGAGGACAUCAGCAACGGAGCAGAGGUCUCUCUGGUGUGUCUGGUCUCUGGUCCUGUGAUGCAGGAUUACUACAUCGCCUGGUCAGAGGGAACUGAAAAUAAGGCCGGCAUCUAUAUGGAUGGCAUCAACUUCCCCCCACAGAAGACCCAACAAGGCUACUUAGUUACAAGUAUUUACACCACCACCAAGGAAAAGUGGGACAAGCACAACAUGUUCUACUGCAACGUCUGGCCUGCUGGUAGAAGUGUGUCUGUUAAACCCAAAGGAGUGUCUAAGGCCCAGGCUCCUGUCACAGUGACACUGAACCAACCCAGUGCCAAAGGAAUUUUUAACAACAAACAGGCAGAGUUGGAGUGUAUCAUUACUGGACAGGACAAGACCUUUUUAAAUACAAUUCAAAUCACUUGGCAAAUUGAUGGACUAGAUGUGACCAACAACAUUAAUGAAUCACCUGUCAAGUCUGUAGGCGUUCUGCACAGCAAAACCAGCACGAUGACUCGUAGUCUGUCUGAGUGGCAGAGAGUCAACAAAGUGCGCUGUUCUGCCAUUAAAGACGAUAUGACUCCAGUUAUUCAAGAUCUGACUGUCCACAAAGGAGAUGGGAGUGAGCCAAAAGUGACAGUCUAUGCCCUCCCAGAGGAGGACAUCAGCAAAGGAGCUGUGGUCUCUCUGGUGUGUCUGGUCUCUGGUCCUGUGAUGCAGGAUUACUACAUCGCCUGGUCAGAAGGUUCUGGAAAUAAGGCCGGCAUCUAUAUGGAUGGCAUCAACUUCCCCCCACAGAAGAUCCAACAAGGCUACUUAGUUACAAGUGUUUACACCACCACCAAGGAAAAGUGGGACAAGCACAACAUGUUCUACUGCAACGUCUGGCCUGCUGGUAGAAGUGUGUCUGUGAAACCCAAAGGAGUGUCUAAGGCCCAGGCUCCUGUCACAGUGACACUGAACCAACCCAGUGCCAAAGAAAUUUUCAGCAACAACAAAAUAAAGUUGGAGUGUAUCAUUACUGGACAGGACGAGACCAUUGUAAAUGAAAUUCAAGUCACUUGGCAAAUUGAUGGACAAAAUGUGACCAACAACAUUAAUGAAUCAACUGUCAAGUCUGUAGGCGUUCAGCACAGCAAAACCAGCACGAUGACUCGUAGUCUGUCUGAGUGGCAGAGAGUCAACAAAGUGAGCUGUUCUGCCAUUAGAGACGAUAUGACUCCAGUUAUUCAGGAUCUGACUGUCCACAAAGGAGAUGGGAGUGAGCCAAAUGUGACAGUCCAUGCCCUCCCAGAGGAGGACAUCAGCAAAGGAGCUGUGGUCUCUCUGGUGUGUCUGGUCUCUGGUCCUGUGCUGCAGGAUUACUACAUCGCCUGGUCAGAGGGCACUGAAAAUAAAACUAGCAACUAUAAGGAUGGCAUUAACUUCCCCCCACAGAAGACCCAACAAGGCUACUUGGUAACAAGUGUUUACACCACCACCAAGGAAAAGUGGGGCAACCACAGCAUGUUCAACUGCAUCGUCUGGCCUGCUGGUAGAAAUAAGUCCAUGGACCCCAAAGCAGUGUCUAAGGCCCAUGAUACUCCUUCAGAGUCAAAACAGAGUUGGGGUCUGAGCUGCAUAGAGGAUGCCAUUGAAGAGGAUGAGUUCAGCAGUCUGUGGUCCACAACCUCCUCCUUCAUAUUCCUCUUCAUAUCCUCUCUCUUCUAUAGCAUGAUAUUCAGCCUGGUCAAGAUGAAGACAAGAUAAAGGAUGAGAUGGAGGCUCAGCAUAGACAACUAGAGGUCUUCAUUUGUAAUUUGUCUUUUUUAUCUAGUUUUAAAAACUUGUACAUUAUUGAUAAUCUCUUGUACAGUUGCUAAAUGAAGUAGACAUCAUAUAUAAUAAUAGCCUAUAUAUUAAAAAUAGUUCUCUGUAGAAAAAUAAAAAAUAAAACUGCAAUUCUUUGUUUAUGUGAAUAAAUUUGGUUUGUUGCCACAUUAUGAUACAGAAGUUAUUGAUAAACUUUCUUGAAUUGAAUUAAAAUGUGUUAGUGAAGUGUAGUACGAACUUGUAAUUGAUAUGUAAAUAACACUUUGUCCUGUAGUAGAAUUAGUUAUAUUCUGUAUGUGGUUUUUGCAUUUUGUUAUUUUAAUAUAAAUCUUUGUUUUCCAUUUGGGCAUCUUGCUUUAAUCAGUAAUUCAACAAACAAUAUUUUUUUUUAUUAAACGACAAGAUUUUGCCUGACAAAAACGGUAAAAGAAGUAUGAAUGUGAGAGAUAGUGUGCUUGUGAGGAUUUUGUUCUGAAAAUCUAAAAUUCUAAAAAAACACCACAUCAAGUUAACAUACUGUAAACUGCUGUUAUCAGUGAAGCUCUGAAGGUUUUUCAAUUUCCUGGCGUUUCUGAACAUAUUAUCUUUAGAGAGUCACUUCCCCCUCUCUCUGCACCUCAGGGACCGCACCUGUUGCAGUGAAACUUUGUAGAAACUGUCAGAGCUACAAAUAAACUUGAGAAACUCCUCU